UUGACAGCGUCAUUUCAUCCACGGAGCAAUGCCGGUUAAUUGAUAUUUUGAUAAUGUAUUUGUUUUUCCUUAAUUUUGAACUUUGAACUACUGUAUUUGUGUCAUUUUAUCACAAUAUAAUAAUAUAUCACUAAUAAAUUAUUCCAGUAUUAUUUUUUACUUGAAAAGCCUUUUUAUUUCAAAUUGAACGUUAUUUGUUUAUUUUAAAACGAUAUUAUAAUGGAUGAAAUACGAAAAUUAGUUAAUGGAUAUUACUGUAAACUAUGUGAACAUUAUGUUAAAUCACUUGACAAAAAUAUAUCUAAUAAUCUGAGGGCAAUGGGUAUUGUAACAAGAUCUUCAAAAAGUAAUGGUCUAUGGUGUUAUAUUCUUUUACCUUUAAUUUUACUAAAUUAUACUAUUUUGUAUGAUACAAGUGUAUUAUAUCAAACAGUAGCAUUCAUAUCAGUGGGAUUAUUUUUUCACUGUAGUCUUUUUAUUCUCUUCCUAUCACUAUCUGGUAACAUAAUGAUGGAGGGAGAUUAUGGAGGUUGUGUGGCAUGUAGUUUAAUAUCAACUAUACUUGUUUAUAUAUUUACAAAGCAAGAUUUAAUGAUAUCUCUAGUCAUAACAAUAUCAUGUGUGUCAUCAUUUAGUUAUUUAUUAAAAUUUGUUCUGAUAAAUUUUCCCAAAACAUUUACUGUGGGAGAGGCAAUAGUGGUUGUUCAAAGUAUACCACUGUUUGUGUCCGCAACAUCAAUUCAAUAUAUACAAAGUCUGUUAAAUGGUGUUAAUGAAGAAUUUUCAUUUAUAAAUACUAUUGUAUUUACAGUAUUAGUAACAACAAUAUUGAUAAUAACAUCAAUAUUCAUGUUAAAUGCUGAACAUAGAACUGCCACCUCUUUAGUAUCCAUUGUAACAGCGGGUGGUAUAGUUUUACUUAUAAAAUGGCAUAUCAUAUUGGGAUCAAAUUGCUUGUUUGAUAUAUUUGAAUAUAUUUUCAUGGAUAACAUAAGGUUUAAAUUGUUUAUGUUUUGGUUGUCAUUAUUAUUGAUAUCAAUACUUCUGAUAUUAAUUCAAACAAGAACCGUAUCAAAGGCAAGCACGGUUACAAGGAAGACAUUUCAUAUAUUGGCCUCUAUUGUGUUCCUGAGUGGAUUAUUAACUGAUAUACCAUUGAUGACCUUGGCAUCUGGAGUUGGUUUUUCUUUAUUAGUGUUUGUCGAGGCUCUAAGAAUAGCAGAAAUUGAAACAAUCUCACCCACACUUCAAUCAGCUUUUGUUGUUUAUUGUGAUGACAAGGACAGCGGCACAUUUGCUAUGACUCCGCUGUAUUUGUUCGUGGGUCUAGCGUGUCCUAUAGUCCUGGCUCCGGAGCCCGUCAGUCUGGACCUACUGGCUGGUGUGCUAGCGGUUGGUAUAGGAGAUACGGCAGCAAGUUGUGCCGGAGCUACCUUUGGAAGGAAUCGUUGGUCAGAUAAUAACCGGACUUUAGAAGGGACAGCGUUUAAUAUCUUAUCACAAGUUGCUGUUGUCUAUUUACUGCAGUUUUUCGAUUUUUUAGACGUUCCAAACGCACUAACCCGCAGUGUAUUCGCGGCGACUACGUCAGCGCUAGUAGAAGCAAAGACAGAUCAAGUUGACAAUUUAGUUCUACCUCUUGUUACAAUAUUAGCAUUCCAAGCUACUAGCUUUCUCUCAUGAUUUUUAUUCUUUAAAUUUCGAUACGUCAUUUCCUUGAUUUACAACUUAGACUUAUUAGGAAAUUCCACAAUAGUACAGUCGAACCAGAAUAAUUGAGAAACCUCUGGUGGUGAUUCAUCGUCUGGUCCCAACAAACGACCUUCAUAAGCGAGAAACUCUGUUAGAGGGCAAUCUCUAUAAGCAAGACAAAUUUUAUGGUUCCUUGGACUGUCAGUAUCUAGUUUCAACUGUACUUAUAGUAAAACAUUUGAUCAACAGAUGACUAUAUUUUUCAUACAAGUGUAUCAUUGGUGAAUAUUAGACACUUUGAACACUUUCCGAUCCACAAAAACUGACUAUUGGGAUUUCAAUGGAUAUAUAAAGUUUUCUAUUGUUAUGCAAGUGAUGUAUCGAUGUAAAGACGAUCGAAAUAAAAAAAAAAAGAUUAUGAAUACCAAAAAAAAACAGUCUCAAACAAC